GGCGCGCAACCCUCCACCGAGAAGGGCGCAUUCGACCACGCGGAAUUCGCGAGUUUUCGGCGGGGAAAUCUUAGUGGAUUAGAGCGAAGGCUUAACCUGAGGAUUAUGUUUGCGAACGAAUUCUGGCUGACUGAUAACGAUAAGAGGAUUCGUUUUUGUUGAUCAACGAAUUAUUUUUCACUUUUUCGUUCAUUUUCUUGUAACUUUUGUUCUACUUAAUUUCAUUUUUGGAUGGACGCCACGGGGGCGUCUGCAGCAGGAAACGCGGUGUUACCGACAUCCGCGUCGUUCAUCAACAAGAACCUUCUGGAGCUGGACCUCGACUAUUUGGAGAGGAGAGGCGGCGAGGUAAUCCCGUGCGAAAAUGCAGACAGUGGUUCGAAGGAGGAGGAAAGCCCGGCGGACAGUCUCGACCGAGUAAAGGUCGUCUUCCUCGGGGCACCGGGAGUUGGGAAAUCCAGCAUCGUCAGGCAAUUCGUCUGGAGCGAAUUCUCCGAGGAAUACAAGCCGACGGAACGAAGAGAGACAUUCUACCCGAGCGUUGUGCUGGCGGAUCGACUUUACGAACUCAAGAUCUCGGAUCUACCCGCCAUUCCAUAUUUCCCCGUCAGUUCACACCUCGAAUGGACCGACUUCCGUUACUAUGGAUUGAGGAGCGCUACUGCCUAUGUCCUUGUCUUCGACCUGAGUAAUCAGGACACUUUUCAGUACAUCAGAACCCUCCGCGAACAAAUUUACGAAGCACGAGAUAUGAGAGGAGUUCCUCUCCUCGUCGUUGGGAAUAAGCAGGACAAACUUUCUGCCAGCGUAGCUUCCGGCACGAGGUACAGAGACAUCGUCAAUUUGGUACGGAAGCACUGGAGGUGCGGUUACGUCGAGUGCAGUGCCAAAUUCAACUGUCGGGUCGUUCAGGUGUUCAGGGAAUUAAUGAAGGGUAUCCAGGCGGUGGAAGGAAGACCACCCUCACCGUCGCCGACGCCUUCGCAGCCGCUGAGAGCCCAUCCCCAUAACUCGAGCGAGAAAUGUAUUUUUCUUUGACAUUAGAGGAAAUUUUCUAAGGUAUUCAAAGACGCGAACAAUCACGAUGUAUUCCCCUUUAUUGUCAGAGGCUCAGUUCGAAAAGCAGUAUUAAAUUUCGGCCCCAAAUCCGCAGCUCAAAACUUACGCAAGAUCCCCGUUAUGCGUGUCGUAUAUUAUAUAUACAUAUACAUACAUACACACAUACAUAUAUAUAUAUAUAUAUAAUAUAUAUAUAUACAUAUAUAUUUUUUGGAAAAAGUCGGAGAGAAGUAAGCUCCAUAUCUCAUUAUAUUCGCCAAGUUCCCACACGAUUAGGCAUAAUACCGUUCAAUCGCGUUUUACCCCAGGAUCUAGCCCAUCCUCAACUUGUACAGAUCGAUCAGACCUGGAUCAUCAGUAUCGCGUCUCAAGUUCUGAUAUAUGAGCAGUGAGCACACACAAUUAGGAGUCCGAUUUCGGGUGCGUAUUACCGUUCAAUAUCCAGGCAACCCUUGCCAAACUCUCCAGCGGCUUAUAACAACUCCCGGAAACCCGAGACUUCACCCUGCAGGUAGGCUGAGGAAAGUAGGGAUGAGAGCGACUAGGUGAAAUGGCGUAUCGCAUGUUGAAUACGUAUUAUACUCAUCAACGGAUAAAAAACAAUAUAACAUACACGUAAUAUAAAAAUAUAAGUUAUACCGCGUCGUUACCCAGACACAUAUAGUAGAGUGUUUAAAAAAAAACCGACUUUUUUUUGUCGAGGAACAUUGAAAAAUCUUCCGAGUGUCCCUCAAAAAUGACCUCGGUAAAAUAUGAGCUCUUAAUAUUGAUAUUUAGA